AUGGAAGGAGAAUCAAGUGAUUUAGUGAGUGAACAACAAAUUUUUGGAGAAAAAUUGACCAACAUGGUUCGUGGUGUGGAAACUCAAGAAAAAUGUGAUGGGAGUGAGCAAUGCAUUUAUAAGGUACCACAAAAAUUCUCAACUGUGACGGCUGGAACAAAUCAAUUUCAUAAGCAAGCUUUUGAAUUGGUCCCACACGGUGUUGACUGUAGCAUAGACGACUUCUUCCAUUUAAAAGGGCUUGUUUUAGGAUGA